GGGAGCCCAGUAGGGCACAGUUUCAGUGGGGAUCGGUUACAAUGUAAAAUAUGGUCAAUCCAAUAUCCAUAGAUCUGGAUCUUACUCAUUGAUUUUCAGUAUGAGAACAGUUGGUGUUUGAAUGGUGGAGACUUCAUCGACCCGACGGGAUCACAGCGGCACCUUCACCACCUUCCCCACUUUCCUGAGAAGGUGAAGCCUUCAUAAUAACACCGUCAACCAGCUAUGAGGCGAAUAACGGGAAAGGCGAAGGAUGAAACUUUGAUCGAGCUACAGAGCGCGACGGAUUUACAGGCAGGAGAUGAAAGCAGUGGAAAUGGUGUCAGCUCACAGUCUGAGAGAGGGACACUGCCUGGACAUACAGAAACAGACAAGCUACAACCAAACAAAGACACUGUGUUCUUCAGGGACGGAGUGCGAAGAAUAGACUUUGUGUUGUCUUACGUCGAUGACAAAGAUGGAGAAAAGAAACAGGAAAGGAGGAGGGAGUUCGAGGCCAACCUUGAGAAAGCAGGACUGGAGCUCGAGACAGACGACAAAUCAGACUCCAAAGACCAGAAGACAUAUUUCUUGAAGAUCCAUGCUCCAUGGGACGUACUGGCCACCUAUGCUGAUGUCUUAAAGAUCAAAGUUCCCUUCAAGGAGAGUGAUAUCCCCCAUGGUCAGGGAUGGUCAGUGGACAUCCCACUGGAGUGGCUCUCACAUCCUUUCCGUCUGCCAGACCACAUAAUGCGCCCACAGCCUGACUAUUUCACCUACCCCUUCGACAAGAACAAGACUGACUUCUUCCUCAUCACUGACAAGGAUACGUUCUUCCCACCAUCCACAAGAAACAGGAUUGUGUUCUACAUCCUGGCUCGCUGUCCGUACUACAAAGAGGGUCGGAAAGACAAAGACAAGACGGGAAUCAAGCGAUUACUCAGCAAUGGGACCUACACAGCAGCCUUCCCACUUCAUGAUUGUCGAUACUGGAAAAGGGCAAGAAAUGCUGAAUGUGAGAGUGAGCGCUACAACUUGUACAAGCACUGGGCCAGGUUUCUUUGCUUUUACAAGGAGCAGCCUCUGAACCUCAUCAGGAAGUACUAUGGGGAAAAGAUUGGGAUCUACUUCGCCUGGUUGGGCUUCUACACGGAGAUGCUGUUCUUUGCAGCUGUCAUGGGCCUUAUAUGUUUCACCUAUGGAGUGCUCAGUUAUGAUGACAACAUAUCAAGCAAAGAAAUUUGUGACGCCAACAUUGGGGGCAGCAUUGUGAUGUGUCCUCUUUGUGAUAAAAAAUGCCCUUUCUGGAAGCUCAACUCUACAUGUCUCUCAUCCUGGCAAUCCCAUCUGUUUGAUAAUGAGGGAACGGUAUUCUUUGCCAUAUUUAUGGGGAUUUGGGUAACCCUGUUUCUGGAGUUCUGGAAGCGGCGUCAGGCCCGGCUGGAGUACGAGUGGGACUUGGUGGAUUUUGAAGAGGAGCAACAACAGCUUCAAAUCCGGCCAGAGUUCGAGAUCAGAUGCACUAACAGGAGACUCAACAAGAUCACUCAGGAAAUGGAGCCAUAUCUCCCCAUCACCAGCAAGUGUGCUCGCUUCUGCCUCUCUGGAGCCACUGUCAUAUUCUGGAUUUCUCUGAUUGUGGCCUGUAUUAUUGGGGUCAUAGCCUACAGGCUGGCCGUGUAUGCUGCCUUUGCAAGCAUCAUUAAAGACCCUAUGAGGAAGAUCCAGUUGGUGGGCAGAUUCAUAACUCCACAGUUAGCGACUUCUGUCACUGCUUCCUGCAUCAACUUUGUCAUCAUCAUGAUCCUCAACUUCUUUUAUGAGAGGGUGGCCAUUUGGAUCACUGACAUGGAAAUCCCAAAGACCCACCUGGAAUAUGAGAACAGGUUGACCAUGAAGAUGUUUCUGUUCCAGUUUGUCAACUACUACUCCUCGUGCUUCUAUGUGGCCUUCUUCAAAGGCAAAUUUGUGGGUUAUCCCGGUGAAUACUCAUACAUGUUUGGCAAACUGAGGAAUGAAGAGUGUGACCCUGGAGGCUGUCUGAUUGAGCUGACUACACAGCUGGUGAUCGUCAUGGUUGGAAAACAAUUAUGGGGAAACAUUCAGGAAGCCCUGCUGCCGUUGAUACGUAACUGGUGGAGUAGCAGAAAGGGACGGCACCAUCCUGAGAACCAUUUCAGCCGCUGGGAGCAGGACCACGUCCUGCAGAACUUCAGCCAGCUGGGCUUGUUCUACGAGUACCUUGAGAUGGUGGUCCAGUUUGGCUUCAUUACUCUGUUUGUGGCCUCUUUCCCAUUGGCUCCGCUCCUGGCUCUUUUCAACAACAUCCUGGAGAUCAGGGUGGACGCCUGGAAGUUCACCACCCAGUUCAGACGACCGGUGGCAUCUAAGGCUAGAAACAUCGGAGCGUGGCAGGAAAUCCUCAACGCAGUGGCCAUUUUGUCCGUUGUUACCAAUGCUUUUAUCAUGGCGUUCACCUCAGACAUGAUACCUCGUAUGGUCUACUUCUAUGCCUACAGUAAAGGGGCUGGCAUGAGGGGCUACGUCAACAACAGUUUGUCAGUAUACAACAUCUCACAAAUAAAAGAGCUCCACAUGCCGGAGGAACGCGACAACUGGUUAGAUAACUCGACCGCCACCUGCAGAUACCGUGACUACCGUUACCCUCCAGGCCACCUGAGUGAGUACAAGCACACCAUGCAGUUCUGGCACAUCCUGGCAGCCAAAAUGGCCUUCAUUAUUAUCAUGGAACAUGUGGUCUUUGUGGUGAAGUUCUUUGUGGCGUGGAUGAUCCCAGACGUCCCGUCCGACGUGAAGGCACGGAUUAAACGAGAACGCUACCUGAUUCAAGAGUACCUGCAUAACUACGAGGUGGAGAAGCUCAAACUCCAGCUGAGUGCCAGUUUCAUCACAGAGCCACAGUCGGAAAUGUCCUCGAUGACAGACAAACAUGAAGUGUUGUCUGAGUGCCUGUAGCCCCUGCCUUGCUCCUCUAACUCCGCUAACCAAGCCAAGAAUGGACACGUCAGGAAUUUAAUACCCUCUUGAGAACAUCCAUAUGCAAGGGCUUUUGUCUUGGGGAUAAAAACUCUGUUAUCUUUUAUUUUUAAAUGGACAUUAACAUCUGUCAAAAUAAUAUACUCCUGUACUAGGAUCUGCAUAGAGGCAGCAAAAAAAACAAACAAAUCCAAUGCAACAUUUCACUUUGCUUACAUACUUUAAAUCAGCUUCUUGAGUGUAACUUUUCUGUGCCAUUAAAAAAAAGUUGGAAAGUGUUGGGAUGGAAAACAGCAAAAAGAGUGUAACUGCAGUUUGUGUCAUUCCCCGUGUAAUGCAUUCAAACUUUCCAUUUCUUGUAACCAAAUGACUCUGUAUGUGCUGAUAAAAGUUAAAGCUUGUGGUGUUGAACAUGUGACGUUAGGUGUAAUUAGACUUUAAAGAGCUGGUUAUGAUAUUAUUCAUUUAAUUUUCUGCAUGUGAUUCUUUUACUGAGAAUACAAGAUGAAGGACUGAACUGUUUAGACAAGAAUAUACAGUAUUUGUCAGUAGUGAAAUCGUUUGAAUGGUUCAUAUCAUUUAACUAUGAAUGUAGAAAACACUCAAACUUACAAAUGUUCAAAUAUACCAGAUAUGAAACACAUCUAUAUAUAAAAAAAUUAAAUAGGCGGUGCUUAUUCCUCAGACAGUUUCUUUUUAAAACAUUUUUUAAAUUGGUAGCUACGUAAUGUUUAGUUCCACUGAUCUAUAGCAGGGCUAUAAGAUUUGUCAGUUUUGUUAUUUGAGUGUAUUAUAUUUAGGGAAAAGCUCUUAAGAACUGUGCAUUUGAAAACCAAGUACCUCCAUUAUACUGCAGUGAUUCCACACUGAGUCAGGGGCUGCAAUAGUAUUGGGGUGAGACAGAAGCUGCAGGCUCAUUGUGUCUCAUCUUCCAGAUGUAUUUCCAACUUGCUCCGGGACCAAUUACAAGACUUCUACCAAAAGAACAGAUAACAUGAAGGAAAUGUUGGAAGAUCUCUGGACAGAUCUUCUGUUUUAAUACAAUCACUUUGUGUGCAUGAGUUCAGGUUGGCUUUACUCCUCCUUCUAUCACACAUGGAUAAUUAAUGGCCUAUAUUUCUGUUUUCAGAUUUCCCAUUAUUGGUGUCUUCAUAUGCUGGAGGCAUAAACAAUUGUAACCUUGAUUUCAGAGAUAUAAAGAAAAGAAAGAAGAAAGACGUUCUUGUACCCUGCUUGGAAUACAUGAGUGAAGAUUUCAGUGAAAAAAAAAAAAAAAACAACUUAAGGACUUUUAGUACCCUGUUCAUACUCUCCAGCUAGAUACUAAGUGUUGCUGUAGAUAUAAAGAAUAUGUUAUCUAUUUAAAUGGGAUGUAGAGCAAUUAAUUUAUUGAUCUGUUUCUGUAGCCUGAAGCGUUUGUGUUUAGAGUUACUUCGUAAUCCUUUUUGUUUUUGCAUCACUUUAAUCACUGCACCUAAUUUCUUUUUUUGUUCUAGUCUUCACCUCAUUUAAAUGACAAUCAGGCAGUGUUAGCUCAGAAAGUUCUUCGAGUACAUUCUGUACACCUUCAAGUACAUUUUGUACACUUUACUUUUUUCUCAAGGGACCAGCCAAGUAAAAAUCUCCAACAGUCUGUGGGAGGCAUGGAUCUGAUUAUAUUUCUUUUCAGUAGAUUAGUGAUUUAUCAGAUACAGUAUGGCUUUUGUUUCUGGUUAAGUUUGACAUGCAUUUGGAGUUUUCUGUGUUUCUAUCAAGACUUUCUUUGUGAUUUUUACACAGUAAAUGAUGCAGAUGUGAUUCCAGCUAACAGCAAAUUGUAUCUGACAGUCAAAAAAAGCCUGACUUACUCUAAUCUCAGGAUUAAACAUCUUCUAAUGUUUGUUGAGCAUCACUUGUUGUCACAGUAUGCAGAUGUCAGAUGUGUGCAAGGGGUUAGAGCAUGUUACUGCAAGAUGCAUGUUGUACUGUGUUUCCCAACAAACAAAAUGCCUUACUUGUUUUUGUAUGAUUUUGUAAUGACGGAGUUUCCUAUCUGAAUCCAAAACCUGUUUCAUAUCAAUUGUUGCUGCUGCUAGUCUUUGCUAAGUAGUUGUUCUGUCUGGUUUGAUGUGCAUGAAUUACUCUUAUGUAAAUAUUCUGUUCGGUUACAUUCUAAGCUCACUGUAGCCUAUGGUGCAGAAAUGCAUUUAAGCUGGUAUAUUCACAAUAAAUGAAUAAACAAUUA